AUGAACACCAUCUCGUACAUACUCAAGGAGCGAUCGGCGAGGCGCAUCGCCUCAUUCCUGUGUAUCAACUUUCUGUUCAUGUUUGUUGAAUUCGCCUAUGGCUUCUGGACAAACAGCCUGGGGUUGAUAUCGGACGCUGUACACAUGAUGUUCGACUGUGGUGCAUUAGCGCUAGGACUUUACGGGGCUUACAUGAGCUCAUGGAGGCCAAACAAGGUUUAUUCUUACGGUUAUGGACGAUAUGGCGUCUUGUGCGGGUUCACCAACUCAAUUUUUCUGAUCCUCGUGGCUGUUUGUAUAGUGAUAGAAGCGAUCGAGCGUGUUCUCGAUCCUCCGAAAGUUGAGUCUGAGAACUUGUUUCUUGUUUCUUUUGCGGGGUUUCUUGUGAAUGUGGUCGGGAUCAUCGUCUUCAGAGUAUUACAUUUGCAUGGGCCUCAUGUAGGUGCUGUCUUCCUCCACAUUCUUGCUGAUACCCUUGGAAGCGUCAGCGUCAUGGUCUCUUCGGUUGCAAUGAGAUACGAUGGGAUGUACCUGGCAGACCCAGUGUGCUCGAUCAUGAUCGGCAUCCUUAUCUUCGUCUCUGUCUUGCCGCUUGUCAAGGAGACGUCGUCGAUCCUCCUUCAGCAGACUCCAGCGGAUCUUCUUCCGCACCUGCCGCUCGUCGAGAAGAAGAUCCGGGGUAUACAUGGGGUGGCUGCCAUCCAUCAGUUGCACACAUGGAAGCUGGCAUCCAACACUGUCAUUGGGACUGCGCACUUGCUCGUGGAGUCCGACGGCCACGAGCAGAUGAUCCUGCACGAAGUGACCAAGACCUUGAAGACGUAUGGAGUUGCGCAGUGCACUAUACAGGUAAGGAAGUCAGUGGCAGAGGAAGGCCCUUCAUCUGACGUGUCCUACAGAUUCAGAAACGACCGACAGUGGCUGAGAACGCUGGAUGAAGGAGCCGUGAAUGGCUGUUUUUGUUAA